AUGUUGGUUGUGGAUAAUGCUGAUAGAAGACAUUUUGAUUCCACUCAUCACUGUCUAUCUCUCCACCUAAUACAUGCAGAAACGUUAGCAAUCCCAAAUUUAAUGCGGUCAAAGAAAUCAUUCAUCAUGUUGGUCGUGUUGAUUCUUUCGUUUAUGUUAGUCAAUGAUGCUUCAGCAUUGAGCAGGUCUAAUUUUUUUGAAUUUGAUUCAGAGUAUACAAAUACGUUAACUACUAGUGCAACUGAAAAUAUCGGCGAUGACAAUAAUGUGUCGAUUCAUUCAUCAGAGGAUUUUAGAUUACCACGUACAUUGUUUCCACAUUUCUACGAUUUGUCAAUUCAAGUCCAUUUACAUGACAACAAGUCACAAGCAUUUUUCUUCAAUGGAUCUGUGACAAUAAAAGUUUUCUGUAAUGUGUCGACAACCGAGUUCUUCGUACAUGCAGCCGAUAAUCUGAAUGUGAGCUUGGAUCAAAUCCAUAUGUCGCUUCUUGGUGAAAAAAGUCAAACAAGUUCCUAUAUUCAAAUAGACGAAGUCCAUUAUAUUGAAGAUGUUGAUUGUUAUCGAAUUAAACUCAAAACGCCUUUGCAACAAUAUACUUAUUACAAUCUGACAUUUGGACAGUUUCGUUCUGAUAUGGACUAUGAUUCUGAUGGACUGUAUAUUAUCAGAUAUUUGGAAAAUGGGAUUUACAAAUAUUUGGCAAGUACUUACAUGGAGUCAAUUUAUGCAAGGAAUGUAUUUCCAUGUUGGGAUGAGCCGGAAUUUAAAGCAAAUUUCAAGGUCAAUAUUGUACGCGACAAAAAUUUCCAUUCGCUUUCGAACAUGAAUUUGGAAAGUACGGAAGUGUUGCACGAUGAUUGGCAUGUCGACAGAUAUAACACCAGUGUGAAAAUGUCCACAUAUCUGUUGGCAUUUGUAGUUUCACAGUUUUCGAAUAUUCAGAGGACAGACAAUAGAGGACGAAACUUCACUGUUUGGGCAAGACCGGAUAAAAUUCGAUCAGCUGAAUAUGCACUUGAUAUUGGCAUAAAAUUAUUGGGAUACUUUGAAGAUUAUUUUGGCAUUCCCUAUUCACUUCCUAAAAUGGAUAUGAUUGCAAUUCCUAACUCUUCAAUAACGGCAAUGGAAAACUGGGGUUUGAUAACUUAUGAUGAAAAUAAGAUGUUAUGGGACGCAGAAAACGGUUCAAUAAAUACUUUAAUUGAUGUGACGUUUACUGUCUCACAUAAACUUGCUCAUCAGUGGUUAGGAAACUUGGUGACAAUGAAAUGGUGGGAUAACUUGUGGUUGAACGAAGGCUUUGCAACAUUUUUCGAAUACAUCGGAGUACAGUUACUGCAUCCUGAGUGGAAAGUAGAUGAACUAUUCAUACUGGAUGAAUUGAUGCUAGCACUUGAUAUUGAUACUUUCAUGUUAUCAAGACCAGUCAUUUAUCCAGCUAAUACUGCAAUACGAAUUAUAACCAUGUUUGAUUCAAUCACCUAUGAUAAGGUCAGUUGUGUAUUGGCUGUUGAUUUUCUUCAAAUGUUGUAUUUUAAUUUUUCAUUCUAUUUUAAUGAUCGUCAAAAAAAUCUUGAUAUCAUGCAGAAGAAUGAUGCUUCUCUCAACGAGUAA